AAAUGAGUCACGGUUGUCAUUCAUUAAUGUACAAGAUAUAGAAGACGAAGCUUAUCGCUUGCCUUAGCGUCGACAUCAUCGACCCUCUACGAUAGUUGAACGGGGUCAAGAUUUCCACCAAGAAUGUCGACGACCACAGUGACAGAGCUUCGCACCAUCCUCAGGUCACCGCCUUCUGAGACCACCGAGAACGGCCAGCCACGAGCUUUUGAGCGUAUCAAUAUCAAUACCGACCAUGGCGAUACCGAAGACUUUCCUAUCCCCGGCCCUCCAUCUACCAAUGUCACCACGGCCAUACCUGACGGCGGCUACGGCUGGGUGGUUGUUACAUGCUGUGCCAUCCUCACCUUCUGGUUCAACGGCAUCUCCGCCAGCUGGGGUGUUAUCCAGGCAGCCUUGCUCCGCUCGAACCUGGAAUCGACACCCACCUCGACGAUAUCGUUCGUCGGCACAUUAGGUCUCGCAACUAUUGUCGCGUUUGGCCUCUUCGGGGUUCGCAUGAUGCGUCUUCUUGGGGUGCGCAAUACCGCUGUCCUCGGUGUGGUACUUCUUGCCAGCGCCGAGAUUCUUUCCAGCUUCACCGUCUCCAACGUGGGCGGCCUCUUCGCCACCUCUGGUGCCCUCUUCGGGUCGGGAGCUUGCCUCUGUUACGCCAUGUCCAACACGCUACCAACGCAGUACUUUGCCAACAGGCUCGGGUUGGCAUCGGGUCUGAUCAAGUUCGGUGGCGGUGUUGGCGCGGCAGUACUCAGUAUCGGCGUCGAUGCGAUGAUCAGUCGUGUGGGCGUCGCGUGGACAUUUCGAAUUUUGGGAUUUUGUAUCCUCGCCACCGGCCUUCCGACGGCAUGGUUCCUUCAAGAACGUGUCCCCAUCGGCCGAGCGCCUUUCCUCGAUUUGUCUUUGUUCAAACAUCUGCCUUUUACGGCCGUGUUCUUUUCAGGCGCCAUAGGGACCUUUGCAUUGUUCGUCCCUCCAUUUUUCUUGCCUCUGGUCGCACAGACGAUCGGACUCAGUUCAGCCACUGGUGCUGGGCUCGUGGCCGGCUUCAACGCGUGCACGGCGAUCGGGAGGCUUUUUUCGGGAUACGCGAGCGACAUCAUGGGUCCGGUCAAUAUGUUUUUGUGCACGAUGCUUCUCAACGGCGUGAGUAUCUUGGCCAUCUGGCCCUUUUCCGACUCGAUCGCUCCGUUGGUCGUGUUCGCCAUGCUCAACGGCCUGGCCAAUGGGGCCUUCUUCACGCUGUAUCCUGUCGUUGUCAUGAGUACGGCGAACGCGUUGGACGGUCAGGCUGGUAGUCACGCCGCGGUCGCCAUGAGUCUGAGCAUCACCGGUUGGACGGGAGGGUAUCUUCUCGGUGCGCCCAUUGCGGGAUACCUACUUCAAGCUGCCGGUGUGGGUAUCGGUGCGUUUUCGGAACAUGACGGCAACAAGGGGGGUGACGACGGCGGCGGCGGCGGCGGGAAGGGUGUCCCGACUUCGAUCGAUCCUUAUCGUCCGGCCAUAUUUUACGCUGGCGGUGUGGCUUUGGCCGCUGCUGGGUUUGUACUCUUGGCCAGGUUGAAAUUGGGUCAAGGUGUCAAGAAGAAGGUAUAG